GGUUUGACAUUUUAUAAAAUAAUUUAUAAAAGAGUUCUAAGCUAUGAACCUAACCAAUCAGCCCUGAGGUGAAUCACAACAUUACAAAAGUGUUUGAAAAUCGGACGGAAAGACGAAGGUACAAGACUGUGUACUUACCGUCUUUAAUGAGGGAAUGAACUACAAUCCCAUGAAGCAUUGCGAAUGAUGUAAUCAAGUUAAAAAUGAUGGAAAAUAUAAAACUACUAUUGAUUUAAAAUUGUUGAUUACAAGUGUGGAAACAAUGCAGUUUAAGUUUUUUGCAAAGUAUUCAGAUAUAUACAAAUAAGUCGUUUGAGAGUGUAGGGAGAGCGACUUGUAGGGAGAUCCGUCACGGGGGUGGGCGGUCUCUGCAAAGCUCUUUUGGCGCGAUUUGUCUGCAUCGAUUCUCUCAUUAACUAUGUUUCCAUCCAAGGAUUUUAUUAUUUUGAUUACAUUUUUUGACAAAAAAAGGUUUAGGGCAGCAAAAUGUUUACAGAUAAUGCUGAUGUAAAUGCAAAUUAUCAUCAAAUGUCGACGUGAAAAACUGUUUAGCGUUAAUGCCAAAAAUGUAGUGUCACAUGACAGAAUUUGCAUCACAUUUGUCCUCGCAUCAAACAGCAUAGUGGAGAGGAACACUUGGACUGAUGAGGAGACUCGAGUUUUCCGAAAUUUAUUUAAAGACAACUACAUUACCUUUAUUCUCAAUGGAAGUUUCCCAGACCUUUUUAAAAACAUAUUUUUAUAUUCCCUUUUCUCCCAAUUUGGAAUGCCCAAUUCCCACUACUUAGUAGGUCCUCAUGGUGGCGCGGUUACUCACCUCAAUCCAGGUGGUGGAGCACAAGUCUCAGUUGCCUCUGUGCAUCUUAUCACGUGACUCGUUGUGCAUGACACCGCGGAGACUCGCAGCAUAUGGAGGCUCAUGCUACACUCCGUGAUCCACGCACAACUUGCCACGCGCCCCACUGAGAGCGAGAACCACUAAUCAUGACCACGAGGAGGUUACCCCAUGUGACUCUACCCUCCCCUAGCAACCGGGCCAAUUUGGUUGUUUAGGAGACCUGGCUGGAGUCACUCAGCACGCCCUGGAUUCGAACUCGUGUCUCCAGGGGUGAUAGUCAGCGUCAAUACUUGCUGAGCUACCCAGGCUUCCAGUUUUCCAGACUUUUUAUGGACUGCGCGUUCCGCACCGGUAAAGAUUGCAGCGUCUUUAACCAAAAUGCCCUGUAAAAAUAACCCCAGAUAAUAUUAAUCAUGUGCGAUUGACAUGCUGGCAAAAAAGUUGAUCUGCACUGUCCAGCCUGUAAGCCUGUAGCAUCUGAAGUGGAUUUUGUCCAAUGAGAAGACACCAGAAAAAUAACAUGCUGCUUUUUUAUUGUCUUGCAAUAAUGGACACAAGUUUUCAAAAUUUUGCAUUAAAGGGAUUAAACAAAAGUGCCAAAAAUUGUCAUUGCUCAUGUUUAAUGAAUGAGGCCCAAUAAGUUUUGCGUUCCCUCACAAUAAAUGUACCACUGUUUUAAUACAGUAACUUGUAGUGAAACCAUAGUGAUAAUACAGGAAAACACAAACAAUGGUAAUAAAAAUCAUAAUGUUGUGGGUAUUAUGGUUUUACUAUGCAAAUACCAUAGUUUAACUAGGGUUUUACUGUAGUAAUAUUGUGGUAACCCUUUAAAAUAAGGUGACCUAUGUUAACUUUAGUUAACAACAUUAGUUAACAUGAACAAACAAUGAAUAGGCUAAUUUUUGUACAGCAUUUAUUAACCUUAAUGUUAAUUUCAACAUGAUUUUUAAAAUCAAAAGUUGUAUGUGUUAAAAUUAGUUAGUUAUAACAAUAAUUGUACUAUCAACUAACAUUAACAAUUAGUAUUUUUUUAUUAACUAACAUUAACAAAGAUUAAUAAAUACCUUAAAAAAUAUUUUGUUCAUUGUUAAUGAUACCUAAUGCAUUUACUAAUGUUAACAAAUGUAACCUUAUAAUAAAGUGCUACCAAUAUUGUAGACUGUAGUAACCAUAGUUUUUGUCAUAAGACAUGUUUUUUCUAUAGUAUUGUAGUAACCAUGAUUGUUGUAGGAUAACUACUUGUAGCGCGGAGGAGGGCGGGGCCGGGCGGAAUGACGGACGCCCAGACCCCAGUCAGCCUGAUGAGGCGAGCGAGGGAUAAAGGCGACCGAAGACGGCAGCUCGAGAGAGAGAGAGAGAGAGAGAGAGAAUUAUGGGCAGCUGCCCUGUAUGUGCAUUAAAUAUUAUUUAUAUUAUCAAGCCGGUUCUCGCCGCCUCCUUUCCCUUGUACCCCAUUUACAUUGGUGCCAAAAACCCGGGAGGGAGGAGGGAUGCCCGUCAUAGAGUCCUCGACACUGCCGUCCACCCAGGGGAGUGCCGCUGCCAUCCGCUGGGGGACGGAGUAGCCCGACCGCCCGGACGUGGGGAAUGGCCGCCGUCUGCGAGGCGAGGAGGGACAUGACUCCCCGACCGCCUGGAGCGAUGGAGUCACUGCCAGGGGCGGAGGAGUGUCCCCAAGUGCCGCCAGAAAAGCAGAGGGGCAUUCUGUCCGCUGGGGGUCAGAGGUUUGACUCCGGUCCGCCCAGGGAGGAGUGGCUGUCGUCCGCCUGUGAGGGUGGAGGAGUGAUCGGGGACCACGCGACGGCGCAUCAGAGAACCGGAUUGUUUGUGGAAACGGAGGGAUGGAUGAAGAUAAAAGAGCAACUUCUGAACGGAUUCUUCUUGAACCCUACAAGUACUUGCUACAACUGCCAGGAAAACAAGUCAGAACGAAACUAUCUCAGGCAUUCAACCACUGGCUAAACGUCCCAGAGGACAAACUUCAGGUCAUUAUUGAGGUGACUGAGAUGCUUCACAAUGCCAGUCUGUUGAUUGACGAUAUUGAAGACAGCUCUAAGCUGCGGCGUGGUUUCCCGGUUGCCCAUAGCAUCUACGGUGUGCCCUCUGUCAUUAACUCUGCCAACUACGUCUACUUCCUGGGCCUAGAGAAGGUCCUCACAUUAGACCACCCCGAGGCUGUGCGCGUCUUCACCCGUCAGCUACUGGAGCUGCACCGCGGCCAGGGUCUCGACAUCCACUGGCGCGACACGUACACCUGCCCGAGCGAGGACGAGUACCGUGCCAUGGUGCUUCAGAAAACCGGUGGUCUUUUUGGCCUCGCGGUGGGACUCAUGCAGCUUUUCUCUGAUUGGAAACAAGAUCUAAAACCACUUUUAGACACACUGGGACUUUUCUUCCAAAUUCGUGACGACUACGCCAACUUGAACUCACCAGAGUACAGCGCUAACAAGAGCUUCUGUGAAGAUCUGACGGAAGGGAAGUUCUCUUUUCCCACCAUACACGCCAUCUGGUCACGACCCGAGAGCACGCAAGUGCAGAAUAUAUUGCGUCAGCGCACUGAGAAUGUGGAUAUUAAACAUUAUUGUGUGGACUACCUUGAGAAGGUGGGUUCUUUUGCUUACACACGUCAGACACUAAUAAUCCUUGAAGCAGAAGCAUACAAACUGAUUGAGAAUCUGGGAGGAAACCCCGAACUAGAGGCCCUGUUGGAGCACCUCAGUCGCAUGUACAAAGAGCCCAAGGGUGGGGUUUCAGUCAGCCAAUCAAAAGAGACUGUGACCAGAACUUCAGACAACCAAUCAAAUCAAUGACCUAUGGUAGUCAUGUCUGCAUACGGUGUUUAGAUAACUGAAAACUAGGUUUUUUUUGUACGUUUCUGUGACUAAAUUGCUGUUGAAAUAUAGUCAAUAGCUAUCGAAUUGGCCUUCAGUCCAAGUGAUCGAUUUAUGAUGUUGAAAAUGACCGAAUGUGCAAAUGUAGUGCGACAGAAUAUAUAUAUAUAUAUAUAUUUGGCUUAAGUCACUUCGUAUGGUAUGAUGUUAUACAUGCGGUUGAUGCCAACAGGUGUAAAUGUUAACAUUUACUUUAAACAACAUCUAAUUGUAGAGAGAUGCUGCCCUAAAAAUAGCAUGCAUUAUCUUUAGUCAAUAUAUAUAUAUAUAUCAUUUGUUUCUUAGAUUUUGGUGUGAAAUGAAACCUAGGCCCAUUUUUGUGAGAUUCUCCCAUUUAUUAAAAUAUUAUAUAAAAUAAGAGAUUAAUGGCUUUUCUGAUUAAUAGUUUAAUACCAUGAAAACCUCAUUAAGCUCACUGGGCUGCUGAUGCUUGUGUUGUCAUGGUGAUACAUGUCAUCAGGUUGAAAUAAUCCUAAAUCUACACAUUUGAUAAGGCGUAAAGUAAGUAGAGGGAGACCGAUAUAUCGGUUUGAUUGAUUAAUCUGUGCAGAUAGUUGCUUUUUGGAACUAUCGGUAAUCGACAAAAAUAUGCUUUUUUAAAUAUAAAGAAUAUUUUUUUUGUUUUGUUUUGUUUAUUUCUCUGGAUUUAAUUACGGAAGCCCUGAACAAUGAAAAAUGUCACUAGCCGAUUUUUUUUUUUUUUUUUUUUUUAAGGUGUCUUAGUGCCUUCCUGAGCCUAUGUUUUUUUUCUUAUUAUUUUUUUUUGCUUGCUAGCUAAUCAUUAGCAUGCUGUAUCAACCUCGGCCACCAGGUGUCACUAUCAGUAUGCAUGAAAUCUUACAAGGUGACAGAUGACAGCUCUGGUGCUUGAUCUGUUGAUUUAUAGUUGUCUAAUACUCUAACAAGAAUGUUUUGCAAAUCUUAAUCAAGGAAAGAAACGUAUAUAAUGUUAGAGAGACUUUUAAUACAUGAAAUCCCACUAUUAAAUGAAUAUACCUCAGAAUACAUUAUGUUUCAUAUGGCAUUCAUUGUCAAGUGUAACAACAGGAGUUAUUUUGCUUUUUCUUUAUGGCAUUCACCACCGGUUUGAAAAUGUGCUUUUUUUAAUUUGUUGGCCCAUGUAAACAUACACUAGACAGAUGUCUUUGCCCGUUUUGAAGCCUCUCACUGUGUUUUCAGUUUUAAAUACUGUAUAGAGGCAUGACUCGUGUUGGCGUUGCCCAAAUCAAUGAAUUUAUAGCAUUCUUGUUAGAGUAUUAGACAACUAUAAAUCAACAGAUCAAGCACCAGAGCUGUCAUCUGUCACCUUGUAAGAUUUCAUGCAUACUGAUAGUGACACCUGGUGGCGGAGGUUGCUAAUGCUAAUGGUUAGCUAGCAAGCAAAAAAAAUGUUUUUAGAAAAUAUAUUUUUGAGGAAAAAAUAGAGAAUUUUUUUUUUUUUUUUUUAGGACAUCAGGUAGGUACUAGACAAUUAAAAAAAAAAAAAAAAAAAGAAAA